AUGACAUCGCCAUCGCCAUCGCCAUCGCCAUCGUCCUCGCCUGCGCCCGCGCCCGCGCCCUCCCAGUCACAACUUCCAUCGCAAACCCCAAACCCAUCAUUCCGCUUUCCCCGCGAGUACCAUUUCCCCGCCUUUUUCACGCCCCAGCCAAAUCUCACCACCCACCACGCUCAGCUCACCAAAUGGUCCUCCCUCAUCCUCUCCUACACCAAGCACCACCGCCUCUUCAAGCUCUCCCUCUCAUCAGCUUCAGAGUCAGACCUCUUUACCAACCGCCGCAUCAGCCGCCGCCUGGCGCUCGCCGACAUUCGCCAGGUCAUUGACUUCAUGCGCAAGGACGGGAGAGCAGAGUACGCCGGCAGCGACAAGACCAAGGACGGAGACUUCGUCUACGUGUAUUGGAAGAAGCCCGACGAGUGGGCCGCCUUGCUCGAGGCCUACGUCCAAGAUACCGCGCAAAAGGGCAGCGUCUUGACCCUUUACGAGCUGACCGAUGGGGAGGGGACAAGAGGCACAGAACUACACGGCAUGGAUAAUGAGGUCCUGCUCAAGGCUCUCAACAUUCUUGUCAAGCGCGGCAAAGCUCAAAUAUUUGGUUCCGAAGACUCUCUCGGCGUCAAAUUCUUCUGA